ACAAGUCAUACAGGAGCCAGCCCAGCCUGGCUGCCUUCUCUGGGACUGGACCACCCACCCCCAGCUCAAAGGGAGAAGGAGGUGCUAUGCCUCCCCACUGCCAGCAUCCAGGGGCCAUGAAACUCUCCUUCUACUCCCCCAUGCCUUCUAUGGCCUGCUCUCCUUGGGCUAGGGCUUCUAAAAUAAAGCCAAAUGUCUGUGGCUCCAAUACGCUGCCACAGCCACAGCCAGCCGCUGAUGGACAAUAACAGCAACAGCAAACACCUCCUGAAUGCUUAUUAUACACCAGGGGUUGUUCAAAGCACCUGACCCAUUAGCACUCAUUUAAUCCCUGUACUUGGAGGGAGACAAUAUCAUGACCUUCUUCAUAGAUGGAGACACCAAAGCAAAGGAGUUAAUUACAUGCUCAGGAUCACAAGGACAGAAAGUUGCAUAGUUGUAAUUGGAAACCAGCUAGCCUGGGUCCAAAGUCCAGCUUUGAACCAUUACUUUAUAUUUUGUCACUUACCACAAGGCGGCCCCAUGCAGCUGGUCCUGAAUGACCACAGCACCUGACCACUGGCACAUGCAUGGCUCUGCAUCUUCUCACUCCCUUGCACCCAAGUGCACGUUCACACACACAACCCAGGGCACACACACACACACAACCACAUCAAUGACCAACACCAGCUGCUGUGAACAUGAAUUCAGGGAGCCAAGGGGGUUCUAAGCAAGCUGGUCCUGGGCCAUCCCCUUGUGUUCACGAGGAAACACAGGGGGGCUGGGUUCAGGGAUGACAAGCGCCGAGGCUGGAGGACCUGCCACCAGGGCUCCAAGCAGAGGAGCGAGCUGGGCUGCAGCCUGAGAGCUGCCUGUAGAGGGCAGUGUGCAGCCAGGGUCGGCCAAGCCUGGUGUCCUCCGCGUGAUGCCUCCUGGCUCUGAGACGCACCACCCACCAGCCUCAAAGCUCAUUCGCUCUUUCUUUCAUUCAAAAAUACAAAUAGCAGCCAGGCACCUAUUCCGUGCCUUUCCAGGACAAACAGGAUCACACACAAAUGUACGAAUCACAACUGGUACCCCGUCAUCCCAAAGCCGAGGUGCGAGUGUGGGAAGGGAGCAGACGCGAGCAGUGGGGAGGCAACAGUAAAGUAGACGAGGGGGAAGAGGAGGGCUGGCCAGGAAAACUCACAGCAGGUUUUUGGAAUUAACACAUCUGAAAAUGAACCGUUUUUUCACUGGGCUCCAGAGUGCCUAGCUGCUCCUCUCCCCGAAAUAAAAGCAAGGAGGGCGUGCCUCCUUCGGAGCUCCCCCUCCACCAGUCACUGAGCCUCAGUUUCUCCGGCUGCGGCGUAGUAGAGCGCCGGCCAAGGCCACCGGCAACCGACCUUGCCCGGCCCCGCCCGGUUUCCGAGGAACUGUGUGAGCAGCGAAGGCGCCCCUCCCGCGCCGCCGAAGGGUUCCUCCGAAGCCUGUGGUCAGAUCGUCGCUUCCUGGGAAGCCCAAGCCAAAACUGGGGACAGCAACAGGCAGGGAGGGGCGCAGAAGCAGCCAUCUAGAGGCUCCGGCACUACGGGGCAGAGCAAUGGCGAAAGCAGUCCGGAGGGGUCCCAAACGAGACCCCAAGGGCGGGUGGAGGUGUCUGGCUCCAGAGUAGAGGACCCAGAUCUAGCCAAGCGCACCCCCGGACGCUAUGGCCCACCCCUCCGGCCGACCCCGCGUGUAGGAUGGUAGCACACAACCAGGUGGCAGCCGACAAUGCAAUCUCCACGGCAGCAGAGCCCCGACGGCGGCCAGAGCAUUCCUCCUCCUCCUCCUCCUCUUCAUCUUCAUCCUCCUCCUCCUCCUCACCCGGGGUCCCGGCGCGCCCGCGGCCCUGCCCGGCGGCCCCGGCUCCAGCCCCGGGCGACACGCACUUCCGCACGUUCCGCUCGCACGCCGACUACCGGCGCAUCACCCGCGCCAGCGCGCUCCUCGACGCCUGCGGCUUCUACUGGGGGCCUCUGAGCGUGCACGGGGCGCACGAGCGGCUGCGCGCCGAGCCCGUGGGCACCUUCCUGGUGCGCGACAGCCGCCAGCGGAACUGCUUCUUCGCCCUCAGUGUGAAGAUGGCUUCGGGCCCCACAAGCAUCCGCGUGCACUUCCAGGCCGGCCGCUUCCACCUGGACGGCAGCCGCGAGAGCUUCGACUGCCUCUUCGAGCUGCUGGAGCACUACGUGGCGGCGCCGCGCCGCAUGCUGGGGGCCCCGCUGCGCCAGCGCCGCGUGCGGCCGCUGCAGGAGCUGUGCCGCCAGCGCAUUGUGGCUACCGUGGGCCGCGAGAACCUGGCGCGCAUCCCCCUCAACCCCGUCCUCCGCGAUUACUUGAGCUCCUUCCCCUUCCAGAUAUGAUCGGCCGCGCCCGCCCUGCACGGAGCAUUAACUGGGGCGCCUUAUUAUUUUCUAUUAUUAAUUAUUAUUUCCUUGGAACCAUGUGGGUUGGAGGGAGCGAGUGUGGGGGCGAGGCGCCUCCCGCCCUCGGCUGGAGACCCCUCCCGUAGACCCCUCCCCACCUCUUGUGGGGGUGCCCCCUCUUGGUGCUCCCUCUGGGUCCCCCUGGUUGUCCCCCUGGUAGUAGCUUAACUUAACUAUCUGGGGCCAGGACCUGAACUCAGUACCUCCUACCUCUUCAUGUUUACAUAUACCCAGUAUCUUUGCACAAACCAGGGGUUGGGGGAGGGUCUCUGGCUUUAUUUUUCUGCUGUGCAGAAUCCUAUUUUAUAUUUUUUACCACCAGUUUAGGUAAUAAACUUUAUUAUGAAAGUUUUUUUUUUUUUUAAGAAAAAA